UCAGUUAUUUAAAUUUUGAUACAUACACAAUAUCAAAACCAUUCUGUUGUAUUGAAUGACAAUAGGUGUGUUGCAGGUAAACUUAUACAGCAUUAGGGUUUCUUUUUUGUUUUAAGAAUUAAAAAUCAAAAUGUAAUUAUUUCCAUAAACUAUUAUUUUUUUAUUUGAUUCAGAGUACAAUCUACACCCCAGGUAAAGCUUGUUACUGGACAGAUUACAAGACUGGUCAAAUAAUAUAUCCACAUUUAUUAGUGUAUAUCACAAGACAAGAUUAUAUAUGAAACAUAUGUAUAUAUAUGUAUAUUAAUAUAAAAUAAAACAAAAUUGUAAGACUAUCAAUACAAAACAGGGUAAAUUGUGUUUGGAAAAAAAAUGAAUGGAUUAGAAAAAAAACAAUUUAUUGUGAAAAUUCUGAAUGCAUGUGUUGGAAAAAAAAAUUAAUGGAUUAAAAAAAAAAACAAUUUAUUGUGAAUAUUCUGAAUGCAUGUGUUCAUACUCAAAAGCGAGAGUAUUUUGGAGGGGAAACUAAAGAUGAAAUUUAGAAAAAGCAUCGCCCGAACAGGGACUUGAACCCUGGACCCUCAGAUUAAAAGUCUGAUGCUCUACCGACUGAGCUAUCCGGGCUCUGCACAGCGCACCGGAUCUUCUCUUUAUGAACCCAAAGGAGCUAGCACGUGCUACCACACGGUUUGAGAAGCUGUCAAAACGCCUGGAGAUGCCAAGAUUUCCCUUCCACAACAUUCCUUUUAUCCACGAAAUGUCUACGAUGCAGAUUGCAGAGCUGCAGCAUGCUAUCGAAGAAAGCGCUCGAGAACUGCAAGAUGUUCAAAGUAAACGGGGGCAAAUUGAGAAAGAGCUAAUAGAAAGAAGGAAGGAAACUGCACGAAGGGUGGAACUGAUGAUGGGAAAAAGCGAAGAAAUUGAUGCACUGCAGCAACUUGGCCAAAUUCUGCAGGAAGAAAUGCAGCUGGCAGAGCAGCUGAAUGAAGAACCUGAUGCAGAAAGGAAGCAUGAAAUAAGUCUUCUACAGCAAAGGAGUGAGACGGCCUCAAAUAAGGCAAAAAACCUUGUCGCUGAAAUUCUAGAAGUGAAACAGCGUUUGGCAGAGAUCAAGAAACAACAUAGGGCAGGUCGAGCUGCUGUGCCAACCAUCAAAUCAAAAAGAAAUCAGAAAAAGUUGUAAACUUUCAUUUGUUGAAUUUUUUUUAAUAUAAGACUUUUUGGUAAAAAUUUUUAAAAAUUUCAACAAUUUUCUACAUCAUUGUAUGCUCUAAUGAUUUUGUAUUUUUGUGGUUUUUGUUACAACCUAAUAAACGAUUGUUUUUUUCA